UGCUCUGCUGACAGGGAGAGCAAGGUCAGUUUUUGCGGUGUUUCGCCCUCCAAAUCAGCAUGUCGCUGCUAAAACGCCUCACCCUGCUAUGCGCAGCCCAAAGCACCACCGCACUCGUGCUCAACACCCUCAAAUCAGCCACAGUCCUCAACCCUGCCACUGGCACACCAACACCGCUGCUCGACGGCCUCGCGACGUCGCGCAACGUGGUCGUACUGCUGCCGCAGGUCGGCGAGUUUGAUAGCUACGAGUUCUGCGAGCAGCUCACGGCAGUAGCAGACGACCUGAAAGCUGCCGGUUUGGGUCUGCGCGUCGUCGGCGUUGGCGACGCAGACGCGGGCAAGCGCUUCGAGGCGUUCGUGGGUUUGCCGGAGGGCGGGCUGCGCGUCGACCCCUCAGCGACCGUCCACCGAGAGCUCGGGCUCCACCGCGGCCCCGGCUGGAGCUGGCCCGAGUGGGUCUCGGACGACGCGCUGCGCUUCGUACUCGGGACGCUGCCCGGCGGGGCCCCGGACGACGCGGGACAGCUCAGGCCCGUUGGCGACGCGUGGUUGAAUUACUUAUUAAUGUGCGCGGGCAUCGGUGCGCCCGGUACGUUGCCGGAGAUUGCGAGAGGGUACUUCGGCGACAAGAGCGCGCCGGAGCGGUUAAGGCCGGAUGCCGUAGUCAGUGUCGGUGACGUAAUAGAGAUCGGACCGGGCGUCGGACCUGUAAAACUCGGUCCGUUCCGCUACGAGAACUCGUGGAAAGACGAAACCGGCUACCAGCGGCCCGUCGAGCUCGCUACUGUCCGCCUGCGGGCCAUGGUUGAGGUUCUCGGGAACUGGGACGCCUACGUCAGCGACGCCCGCUAUGUAGAUGUGCGCGGCGCCACUUACAUCGUCGACGGCGACGAGCUGCUCUACGAGUACAAGCACCGCGGCGUGCUCACGUACUCAGCGACGAUGAGCCGGCCGCUGAGCUUUCUGGCGCCGUUCAUCGGAGCGCGCGCGCUGAACCCGCUCGGCCUCGGGGACAACGGAGUAUCCAGCGCCUAG